GGCAGGCCGGGACUCGCUGCCCUUCCACGCCGCCGGCGCGAGCAGAGAGGCGAUGACGUUUCACCGGCGGGCUGCUCCGUAUCUUGCUCCCUUUCUCUCCAACCUCAACAAUUGCAACGCCUCCUCUUCCUCCUCGAGGAUCUUCAUCUCGCGUCGUCUUUCCUUCUCGGCCGCUGCUUCCUCCGCUACGGAACAGGCUGAUGGCGCCGGCUUCAGUGCAGGGAGGAGAACGAAAAAGUCUUGGGGUCGGCAACUCUUCCAGAUCGGGUUGAUUAGCCUGACGGGUGGUUUGUUUCUCAGUGCCGUCAACGAUCUAGCCAUCUUCCAUGGGUGUAGCAGUAAGGCAAUUGAAAAGGCUAGCCAAAAUCAACAGAUAGUGGAGUUGCUUGGCUUGCCGAUUAUAAGGGGCCCGUGGUAUGACGCUUCUCUUGCAGUAGGCCGCAGAAAACAUUCAGUGUCUUCUACAUUUCCUGUUUCUGGACCUCAAGGAACUGGCAUUUUCCAGUUGAAGGCAAUCCGUCGAGGAGACGAAACAACCUUCUCAUUUUUAAGUCACAACGACUGGGACAUCCUCAUUCUGGAUGCUCUUGUUCAUGUUCCCUCCAACGAUGAGAAACACCAGACGGUACGGAUAAGUGUCACAGGCAAUUGCCCAUUGCCCAAUGCCUCGUCCAACUGUGUUCCGUGCCAACUCCCACAGGCUGCUUCUGCUACACCGGGGAAAUGAAAUUUGGGGUUUCUCAACUUAGUUUCUUGCCUUAACAUGGUGCAAGAUCAAAUAGAGUCGACGAAUGAAGCAGGUUCAACAUACAAAUCCUGACGUCUCAUAGAUUACAAUGUAGCUAAUAAGAAUACUGUUGAAACAGGUUCAACAUACAAAUGCUGAAGUUUCAUAGAUUACAAUGUAGCUAAUAAGAAUACUGUUGAUGCUGCUACCAUAUGGUUUACUCUUCGAUUCUUUUUAAAAUUAUCUUAUUUUUAGUUCUUGUUAUACACAAACUGAAGUUGAAUUGAAGGUUUAUUCGCCAUCAAAGCUUUUUUAGUUU